GUAUUGAGGUCAUCGCAUUUGGACAGGUGCAGGGUAGCGUUUACUUUUCUAGUAUAUAAUUCAUGCAAAUAAAUAUAGAGGGAGGCUGGUGUAUAAAUUCUUUGCCCCGCUAAUUAACGAACAUGUAACAUUAUGAAUGGCUCUUAACAAGUCGAUGCAUCCGAGAAACCGGUAUAAAGACAAGCCUCCAGACUUUGCUUAUCUUGCUUCUAAGUACCCUGAGUUUCAGCAGCACGUCCACACCAGCCUCACUGGCAGAAUAGGCCUAAACUUCCGAGAUCCUGAGGCAGUAAGGGCCUUGACAUGCACCCUUCUUAAGGAGGAUUUUGGACUAACGAUUGAGAUCCCACUGGAAAGGCUCAUUCCUACUGUACCUCUUCGGCUCAACUACAUCCACUGGGUGGAGGACCUAGUUGGGAGGCAGACUCCCUGUCGGGGCAUUGACAUUGGCACAGGAGCCUCCUGCAUCUACCCCUUAUUGGGGGCUACCAUGAAUGGGUGGUAUUUCCUGGCAACAGAAGUGGAUAACAUUUGUUAUAACUAUGCUAAGAAAAAUGUGGAACAGAAUAACUUGUAUGACCUUAUCAAGGUGGUAAAGGUCCCACAAAAGACUUUGCUAAUGGAUGCUUUGAAAGAGGAGUCAGGAAUUGUUUAUGACUUCUGCAUGUGUAAUCCACCAUUCUUCGCAAAUCAGAUGGAGGCAAAGGGUGUGAACUCCCGCAAUGCCCGACGCCCACCUCCCAGUUCUGUGAAUACUGGGGGUGUGACAGAGAUCAUGGCUGAAGGGGGAGAGUUGGAAUUUGUAAAGAGGAUAAUCCAUGAUAGUUUGCAGCUGAAGAAGAGUCUUCGGUGGUACAGUUGCAUGCUAGGAAAAAAGUGCAGUUUGACACCUCUGAAGGAAGAGCUGCGAAAGCAAGGGGUCCCAAAAGUGACCCACACAGAAUUUUGUCAGGGACGUACAAUGCGUUGGGCUCUAGCAUGGAGCUACUAUGAAGAUGUCACGGCUCCUUCUCCACCAUCAAAGAAGCGUAAGAUGGAGAAAGUUCGCAAGCCCAUCACCUUCUGUGUUCCAAGUGUCAUUGUGAAGGAGUUGACAGCUAACAUUACCUCCAUUGACUCAACUGCCAGCAUCCAUGUGAUUGCGUCUUGGUUAGAGAAGAGCUUGUCUGACCUUCGGGUUCUGCACAAGCGGGUUCCUUGUGGCAAAACAGAAGUGAGUCUCUUCCUUACAGCAAUUGAGAACUGCUGGAUCCACAUUCGGCAAAAACGCAGAGACAGAGGGCGUCAACUCAGGGAACUUCCAAGAGCACCCAUUGAUGCAAAUGGAAGUCAUGUUCAGGCUCAUGAGGAAAACUGCCUGACUGUGCCAGAGAUGGACAGUGUGGAAAUGGAUAAAAGCUCAAAAACUGAAAUUGCAGAACACAUGCAGACAAAGGAGUGUAGUGAGGAAGCUUCAGUCAAUUUUGACAACACAGAAUCUAACAAGCAAACUCUUAAUACAGACAAUCAGCGAGUGAAGGUAGGGGAUUCAAAUUUACCUGAGACAGAAAAGCUGUCCAGCACAACAACCUCUGGGGGAGUGGGAAGCAACAGUAAUGGACAACACUUCCUCUUCAAGUGUCUUUUAACUAUAAAAGAGGAAGGAAAUGAUUUUAUAGUAGAAAUGCACUGGGUGGAAGGGCAGAACAGAGAUCUGAUGAACCAGCUGUGCACUUACCUGAAAAACAAGUUAUCCCGAUUAGUUGGCGGUCAUUAAUGACUCAACCCUGGUCAAGCAGAUGUGCUCUUCAGCAUUUAGUCUAUUCCUAUAUUUAACUGACAAGAAUACUGCUGUAUUUUUUUUUUUCCUCCCACUAAUUCAUUUAAAGAAAAUCAACAUUUUAUGACAA